UCCUUGGCCGUUUAUCCAAACCCAGUUUCCAGUGUCUCCAACUGUGAGAAAACAAGAAGCGAUUACUCAUACCCUUUUCAAUUCUGAUGAUAACAAUAGUAACAGCAACCACUGUGAACUGAAAAUCAGAGCAAAAUCAAAUGGGUUCUCUUCCUCUCACCGGUAGUAAACCCUUCUUCACCAAUCUUCAUUGGUCUUCGUCACGCACAAGAACACCAACAAGAACCAUUUCUCUGAAGCAGAGAGUCAAGGUUUUCGCUUCACGGUCUCCAAAUGAAGAAGAAAAACAAUCCCCUAAACUUGACAGUUACGACCUCAUGGAACUCAAGUUUGGUCGGUUAAUGGGAGAAGACCCCAAGCUCACCCUUGCCAAGAUAAUGGGAAGAAAGGCGAAUCCUGAUGCUUCUUAUCUUGAUAUUGAGAAAGCCUUUUAUAAGAAUGGUGGUAAAGUUGUGGAAGUAGAAGAAGUUCCAUUUGAGGGCUCUAAGGGAGGGAAGUCAUCAAGGAAACUGGAUGACCUUGGUUUGGUGCGUCCUGUUCCUGUUAAGGGAUUCCAGUUCAAAUCGGAUGAUAACAAACCGGCAUUGGAGAUAAAGAAACCUGUCCGGACUGAAAAUGUGGAGGGGAGUGAUAGGAAGAGUAGUGUUCCCAAUGUUAUUCUGAGGAAGCCGACCGUGUUUAAAGAUGAUGACGACGCGGAAACGUUGACGUCAAGGUUGAGAAUGAGGCCCAAUCUGUCAUUGAACAUGCGGGAUGAGCAAGUGAAGGAGAAGUUUAGCGACAUGACGCUAUUGAGGAAGCCUGAAGCACCGGUUGCCAAGAGUACUGAUACGGUUGAAGAGCCUUCGUCUAACGUGGACCAAGGGAACGAUGAUGGUGAGUUAAAUAUGUUGAAUGAAGAGCCGGGUUUUACAUUGUUGGAGCGGCCUCACAAACCAAGCGUGGAAAAAGAAGAGGAGGAGUUUGGAGAAUGGAAUGCCAUGGUACCAAAUGAUGAAUUGGAGCAGCAUGAGCAGCUGGAGUUACAUUGGGCGCCAAAUGAUUUAAAUGAAUCAUUAGAUGUAAAGUCAGUUGAUUCUAGAUUGGAGUUGCCUGUGGAUGCUGCACUGCAGGCAAAGCCAAAAAGAUUAGAUCAAUAUGUUGAACAAACCUCGAAAUUUGUUGAAGAGGGCACUUUCCUUGAUCUUGGAGGUCAAACAAGCAAUGAUAAUUUAGGGAAUUCUGUUGAUAUGUCAGAUUUCCAGGAAAGUGAGGAUGCUGAUUGGACUAAGGCAGAAGGUUUGAUUAAGACCGGAGACAGAGGAGAUGUGGAACUAGUAAGCUGCAACACCAAAGGUUUCAUUGUUUCUUUUGGUUCCUUGGUAGGAUUUCUGCCAUACCGUAAUCUUAGUUCGAAAUGGAAGUUCUUAGCUUUUGAGACUUGGUUAAAACAGAAGGGCUUGGAUCCAUCAAUAUACAAGCAAAACUCAGCCACUAUUACAAGUUUUGAUACUGAUAUUAAGAUUUUUUCUCCGGAUUCUCCUCCAUCUCUGGAGAUUGAUGGUAAAGUUGAAGAUAAAAUUUCACCAGAUAUGAAAUUGGAAGAUCUGCUAAGGAUUUAUGACCAGGAGAAAAAUAGGUUCUUAUCAUCGUUUAUUGGACAGAAACUUAAGGCAAAUGUGUUAGUGGCAGACAGAAAAAUAAGAAAGCUCAUAUUCUCUCUAAGGCGGAAAGAGAGUGAAGAAUUAGUUGAGAAGAAGAGAAAUCUCAUGGCUAGACUUCAAGUUGGGGAUAUAGUGAAAUGCCGCAUCCAGAAAAUAGCUUACUUUGGAAUUUUUGUUGAGGUUGAAGGAGUUUCUGCACUAAUUCAUCAGUCUGAAUUAUCCUGGGAUGCCACUGUGAACCCUGCAUCGUAUUUUAGGAUUGGUCAGGUUCUGGAGGCAAAAGUUCACCAAUUAAACUUUUCUCUUGAGCGCAUACUUUUAUCAUUAAAGGAGGUCACGCCUGAUCCAUUAAUCAAUUCCUUAGAGGCUAUAAUUGGGGAUCAUGACCCCUUAGAUGGGAGAUUGGAAGCAGCUCAAACAGAUGUAGAGUGGCCUGAAGUGGAAUCCCUUGUUGAAGAAUUGCAAAAGAUUGAGGGAGUCCAGUCUGUUUCAAAAGGCCGUUUUUUCAGAAGCCCCGGUUUGGCUCCAACUUUUCAGGUUUAUAUGGCAUCCAUAUUUGAGGAUCAAUACAAGUUACUAGCUCGAUCGGGAAAUAAAGUACAAGAGGUGAUAGUUCAAACAUCUUUGGAUAAAGAAAGGAUGAAAUCAGCUGUUCUGACAUGUGCAAACAGAGUGGAAUAAUUGUGGAUUAAUUUGUGACAGCAAGCCUUUUUUGGUUGCUUGCAUUUCUAUGAUUGUACGUUCUUCUGGGGUGUGCAGGCUGCAAUUUAAGGAGCAUUUGAAGAUACUACUCUAUACAAAAGCAUUGGUGGAAGGAUAGUAAUUUUAUUUCUUGUAAAAAAGUAGUGAUAAAGGCAUAUUCCUACCUUUUUGGUGGUGAGGUUUGGGGGUGAGAAGAAGUGGUUGGUCAACGAUAAAGGAAAUAUAAAUCCUUUUUCUC